UUGUUUUUAUUUCUUUACAUCCGUUUAUUUUUGGAGUCGAGAAUUAUGACGUACGACGUUGUCAAGCAGGAAAGACUAGUGCCGUUAAUUAGAUCUAUUGGGGUGGGAAAAAAUGAAUUUGAGUUAAAACAACAGAAUGAAGUGACUAUUGCACUAGCAAAUUUGAAAGUAUUUUAUUUAACAUCACAGUCAUAAGUCUUCCAUUUGACCUUCUCAUCCAAUACCUUCAUCUGAUUUACAAUGGUUUAUGAGUACACAAAACCAAGAUGUCCCAUAGCAGCGAUGUACUCGUCCCCCGGACCUGCUUAUGGCCUGCCAACUCUUGUAGGGGAGAAGUUUCAUGACCCCAGGAGUGUGCAUGUGAAAUAUCCAGCGUAUUCAUUUGGUGUCAGGCAUGGAAAGUUCAAAGAUGACUCCGGACCUGGCCCUUGCUAUUACCCAAACCCUAAGGUGUACAGAGAUGGUUACGAUGGAACACCCCAUUAUUCAUUGUAUGACAGACAAAAAGAUACUAUGGCUUUCAAGACACCGGGCCCAGGAGCUUACUGUCCAGAAAAUGGUGGACAAAUGACAAAGCCUAAUGCCCCAGCAUACAGCUUUGGAACCCGUAGUCGACACCGUCAGACUGAUAAUGUUCCAGCUGCUAACAGCUACACUUUGCCGAGCAUGAUUGGCCAAACAGUUCAAAGUGGGAAGCCCCAGGCACCUUGUUACAGCCUGAGAGGUCGGCCUAACCUUGCCAGUAUAGAACUUAACAAGGCUCCUGGUCCUGAUGCCUACAACACAACUGAUCCAAGUGUCUACAAAGACAAAGCUCCUCUCUACAGUAUCACUGGCAGAAACAUGAUGCCUGGGGAUGUGACACAGAAGCCUGGUCCUGGGGCACACUUGCCACAUCCUAACGUUGUCCGAGCUCAAAGCCCAUGUUACAGUUUUGGCAUCAAGCAUUCUCCUUAUCUUACAAGUUUAGUCGUAGAUAUACCCAGCAUUGAAUGUCGGCCCUGCGACUGAAGCUCUAGUGGGACCAUUGUGAAUGUGGCUUAGGACUGGAACAUCACUGUAGAAACCUAAUGAAUUACCUUGAACUGGAGAUUUGUAUGAUUCCUUCUCUACAGAAUUUCCCAGAAACUACUCAGUAACAGUUUAACAAAUGAACAUCUCAAAUAAAAUGUAAUAAAAAAAAACUAACCCCAGUAAGUGAAAUAUCAAUAAAAGAAGCAUCAUAGAACCAA